AUUAAAUAUUAUGCUCUAGAGUUUAUAAGUGGAAGGUAGAGAAAUAAAUCAGGAUUAUUCAUAUGAAUGGGUAAUGGGAAAUGCUGAUUUGAUAAGUAUUGAGAAAGGAAUUGCGAUCGCUGAGUUUAGUGAAUAAAUUUAGAAUAGAGAUUAAGAAAUGGAGUUCAGAGUAAAAUAAAUUAAUAAUCUUCUGAUAGAUUUUAAGACGUCUUACAGAAACCCAGUAUCAUAAUGAUAAUCUUUAUGAUUUUAAUCCUGAUAUACUGAAAUUGAAUCGAUAUAGCAAUAUUAUUCCUUGUAUUGUGAAAAAGUUAUCAUAGUUAAACACUCAAUAGUAAAAUUGAAAUGUGAUGAGGAGGAGAACUUAAAGGAGUCAUAUAUAAAUGCUGAUUAUAUAAAUGUAAAUAACAAUAUUUAAAAGUAAUUAGUUAAUAAAUGGAAAAGAGAAAAUGAUGAUUGCAACAUAAGGUCCAGUAUGUUAAACUAUAGGACAUUUUUGGAGAAUGAUUUCUUAAGAAAAUGUUACAUUGAUAGUAAUGCUUUGUAAUUUAAAAGAAAAUGGAAAGGUAAUUGAUAAUUGGAAUAUAUGAAAGGCAUAAUGUGAGUAAUACUGGCCAAAAAAUAUUGGAGAUAAUUUAUUAAUAGGGAAUAUUACAAUAAAUUUUGAUAGUUAAGAAGAUAUCGGAAAUAAUAUAAUAAAAAGAAUUUUAAAAAUAUAAGAAUAAAAUGGAGAAGAGAAAUAAGUAAGUUAAAUAUAAUGGUGUGGAUGGCCAGAUUAAGGAGCACCUAAUCAUAAUGAUUUUAAUACAAUAAAGGAAUUACUAAGUUAAAUUUUAGAUAGAGUAUUGAAUGAUUAAAAAGUAGUAUUUCAUUGUAGGUAUAAUUAAAUGAUAAUUAUUAAAAUAGUGCAGGUGUAGGUAGAACAGGAACAUUAAUAUCCUUAGUGAAUUUGAUGAUUAUUUUAACAACAUAUAAGUCUUAUAUAGGAAAUGAUUAUACCAGUAAGAAAUAUAUAAAUAAAGCAAGAAAUAUAUUAGAAUCCUGAUUAGUUUCGAAUUUCCAUAUUUGGAGUAGUACGAAGAUUAAGAGAAUAGAGAUGGGGAAUGGUACAUCAUUCAGAACAAUACUAAUAUGUAUACAAAUUCAUUGAUGAAGCUAUUAAAUAUAUGUUUUAAUAAUAGUGA